AUGACAGAUAAUAAUAAUUUAGAUAGUUUAAUAAUUGAUAAAGAUGAAUAUUUAAAUAGUCCAAUGAAUGUGGUUGAUAAAUUAUUUAAAUUUGAUCAAAACAAUUUAAAUAAUGGGACUGUGUAUAAAAAGUUUGAAAAUGUAAUUUCAGAAGAUCAAAUUUAUAAAUCAAUACCUUUAGUUUCAACAAUUAAUCAAUGUGAUUUAAAUAGUGGUAAAUUAGUUAAAAUUAGAUGCAUGAUUCAAGAUAUUUUCGAUCCACAAUUUUGUCCAUCUUUUAAUAAAAUUAAAAAUAUUGAAACAAAUGAAAUUAGAUUAGAAGCAUCAAAAUAUAAAGAUAAAAUCAAUUUAAAUGAUUGUGAAGAGUUAAUUUUCGAUUCUUUUGAUUCUUCAACAUUUGAUAAAACUAUAUUAUAUUGUAUUCCAAUACCCUGUGAAAAUAAAUGGGUUAAUAAUAAUAAUAAUAAUAAUAAUAAUAAUAAUAAUAAUAAUAAUAAUAAUAAUAAUAAUAAUAAUAAUAAUGGUAAUGAACAAAUUUCAUCAUCAUUAUUAAAUAAAAAGAAAAGAAAUAUAGAUGAUGCAGAUAUGAAGAAUGAAAAUGAUGAAGAAAAUAAAAAAUCAAAAGAUCAAAAAUCUACAACCACUACAACUACUACAACUUCAAAAGAAGGAGAAGAAGAAGGUGAAGAAGGAGAACAAUUAACAAAAUCAAAGAAAUUAUUAACAAAUAAUAAAAUUGAUAUUAAUAAAAUAUUUAAUUAUCCAAUCCCAAUCGAUUCAAAUGAUGAAAAUAAUUUAAAAACACCUUUUAUUGUAAAUAUUUAUGAUGAUGAUAUUAUAUUUGAUGAAAAUAAUAAAGCAGUAACAUUUAAAAUUAAUGAAAUCAUUGAAUUUGUUGGUGUUGUUGCAAAAUUUAAUCCAACUUUACAACAUCAAUCCUCUAAUUCUUCAGAUCAAGGUGAAACAACAACAACAAUCAUUGAUUUAAUGUCAAUGUUAGAUGUUGAUGAAAUUUCAACUAUUCCAGAUACAUUAAUACCACAAUUUCAUGCUAUAACUUAUAGAUAUUUAGAUCCAUAUAAAUUUAAUCACUUAAAUCCAUUCUCAAUAGAUACAAAUACAACUAUAAAUAAUAAUAAUAAUAAUAAUAAUAAUAAUAAUAAUAAUAAUAAUAAUAAUAAUAAUAAUAAUAAUAAUAAUAAUAAUAAUAAUAAUAAUCCAAAUAAUAAUAAUCCAAAUAAUAAUAAUCUAAAUAAUAAUUUAAUUAGAAAUGAAUUAAUUAAAUUUAUAAAAUUAUUUAUAGUUGAUGAAUUAUUAUCAGAAUAUUUAUUAUUUCAUUUAAUAUCAAAAGUUUAUUCAUUUACAUCAGGAUUAUCUAUUGGUAAUUUUUCAAUGAAUAUAUCAAUACCAAAUGAUAAAGAAUUUCAAAGAUUACCACAACUCAUUGAAUUAUUAUAUGAAAUAUUAUUAGCACGUUCUUAUAGAUUCUCAAUGUCAUUAGAGAAUUUAAAUGAUAUGGAUGUUGUGCCCUAUAAAGAUUAUGAUCGUAAUAGAAUCGUAUCUGGUUUAUUACAAUUACCAAAAGGUACAAAUUUAAUAUUGGAUGAAACUCAAUUAACAGAGGGUAAAGUUGAAUCACAAGGUAUUAAAGUAUUGAAUGCUUUAAAUACUUUAUCAAUUCAACAAAAGGUUGAAUACGAUUUCAAAUAUCAUCCAAUCGAAAUUCAAACUGAUUUACCAACCAUUUCAAUCUCUUUUGGCAAAUCUUUAAUUAAAGGUACAACUCAAAUUUCAAUUAAUAAAUCAAUUCAAUUACCAACCAUCAAUGAAAUUAAUCAACAAUUGAUUCAUAGUUAUAAUAAUGAUAAAUUAAAUCAAUUUAGAAAUUAUAUAAAUCAUUGUAAAAAUUUAUCUUUUAAAAUCUCUUCACCAACCACUACUACUAUUGCUGAAUCUGAUGAUGCAACUCGUCAUAUUCAAGAAGAUUUUGUAAAAUCAAGACAAUUAGAUUCAAAAAUGACUACAGAUGUAUUUCAUUAUUGGUUAACAUUAUCAAGAUUAGUUGCUUUAUCUUUUAAUGAUCAAUAUAUUAAAAUUGAUAAAUGGAAUAUAAUGAAAUCACUUGAAGAAAAAAGAAAAUUAACAAUAAAUAAUUUAUAA